AUGGUGGCAUCCAUUUACCAACAUGCUUUACUAAAAGUGACAUUUACAAAAAAAUGCUGGAGGAAAAUAAAGCACUCAGUCAGCCAACAGUAUCCCUUUCUCAUUUUUAUGGCCUAUGGGAAAGGAAUUUUCUUCAUGUCACCAUUCCCAAGGUAAGUGGCACCAAAUAUGCAAUAGUUUUCAGUAUGAUGAUGACUAACACUUACAGGUGUGUGUAUUUUACAAACCAUUUAUGUAAUAAUAUCAUUGCUGUUCCAAUACAUUAAUUUGACAAUGGCACCCAAAGAGAACAUGAAAAUGUGUUAAAUAUGGAAACCUAGAUAGCAAAAUAGGGGGCCCAGUAGGUCAUGACCAUCUCUUAUCCAACAAUCAUGAGUGAAAAAAAGUUUUAUUUUGUGGCUUUGUUUGGUCUGUAAACUGCUGAGAUGAACCAUGCCUAGUUUUUUUUUUCAUGUUAUACCUCAUACAUGCAGAAAUGAUCUAUCAAUUUGAAUCUUCUAGGAAAAUCGCUUUACAAAAUGCACAGACUGCACAAAAUACAAGCAGGAGAAAAAGAAAAACUGUGGACAAAGCCAGAAGGGCUGAAAUUGAUCACUUGCUGAAGCUUCAUCUUGAUUUAGUCUGGUGAGAGAAAUGUUUAAAAAGUACAGUUAGUUUGAUGAACAAAAAAAAAUCUGUCACAUCAAAAGCAAUUCACUAGUCUUCUGGUCUUAAGAACUAAUAAUAAUUUUUCCUUAUAUCACUAGGCAGGAAAAGGAGGGUGUACUAUCUUCACAGGUAUAAAGCCAGGAGGUACCCAUCAAAGUAUGUGGCAAAUAUUGCUGAUGGUAUGGACCAACACACCACAAAUGUCCCAAGUGUGCCAAUUACCAAGGCAAUGUCUGCACUUACGACUGUGGGAACACACCUUGUUGGUUCCAUUAUUCACAACGGACAAGCACAAAAUGGAAAGGAGAUUUAUGGGUCAUUUGACUACUACCAGUAUCCUCAUGACUCUAAUCUCACUAUGACAGUUCUGUUGGAAGUCCUUGUAAGAUGGUCUGAGGAAUUUGACCUACCACCCAUUCUCUAUUUGCAGUUUGACAACUGUGUUAGAGAAAACAAGAACCGCUACAUGUUUGCUCUAUUGGCACUUCUGGUUGAAGAGAAAAUUUUUGAAAAAGUAUGUUAUCUUGGGUAAUUUUAAAAGAAAUGCAUUUGCCUUAUUCACAUUUCCCACAAAGCACUUUGUUCAAGUGUCAAAAUGUCCCAUUGCAAUGUUUUCAAGGUCCAUUUGGGUGGGAAGUUAGUUUCCAUUCAAUCUCAAUUUUGCAACUACUGAAUGAAUGUAACCUGAAGUUGAAAUUAAAAAAAACACCACUUUCCCUUCUUGUAUUUCAGAUAAGAGUUAACUUUCUCCCAGUGGGAAAUACCCAUGAGGACAUAGAUGCCUUUUUUGGGUUUAUUCAAAGCACUUAGACAAACUGGAUGUUUACACAGUCACAGGUAAGUUGUUCUAACAUAAAGUAAUUACUUCAAGGUACAGUUGGAGUAACUGAGAGUUCAACAAUCAAAACUGCCUGUGCAGUGUGAUAAUCUUGUGUGGCAAAUAUUCACAUAAGUUAUCUAUCAAUAUAAAUACAUAGCAACUAGCACUGUGAUCAAACAAAUUUCUGCACGAGGCAAGAGCAUGGUUCAAAAUUUAGUCUAUAGAAAGUAUGAACACUUCCACUUGAAUUAACAGAUUAAAUGUGACAUUGACAUGUUAUAAAUUUGGUGUAAAUGUUUAUUUACAGAGUACAUGUAAGAUCUUAAUUUAUUUUACACUUCACUGUCACUUAGGAUUACUGAAGGCACUGGAAACAUGCAUGAAGAAUCCAACACCCAAGCCCUAUAUGCUCAAGAUGGUUUAUGACAUAAAAUCAUGGAUUAGUGAUUAUUGUGAGGAGUUACAUGAACACACAGUUCCAAAGUGCUUUAAAUUUACAUUGAAUGAGGAUGGAAAAGCAGUUAUGCACUACAGAAAUUGGAGCCAUGAGCCAUGGAAAGAGCCCAUUGCAAUGCUGUAG